ACUAAUGUAAACACUACAGAAAAAAAAACAUCUGCUCAUCCUGUUACCACAGUACCCUAGCCGAAUAUUAUCCUGCUGUUGUUUAAAUCAAAGUAAUGCUGUUUAAUAAUGUCUACGACCUCUAAGGUUGUUCUGGGAGUGUCGAUAGUCCUCACUAUCAGUACCGUUGCAGGCGUUCAUAUAAAGCAGAACUGGGACAGACAGAGGCUGCACGACGGAGUGCUGCGUGAUCUGGAGCGCGUGGAGCGGAAGCGCGAGAACCUGCGCACGCUCGAGGAACAGAUCCAGCUGACGAGAGAGCUCGUGGCCGAGCGAGAGAGACGCGAAGAUUAAGACAUGGAUAGCGGGGACCAAAGGAGCCUUGCGGCACAGGAUGAUGAGACCAUGUGCACGUCUGCUUCUGAGGGUUUGGAGGAGGGUGAGGUUGAGGGAGAAACUCUGCUCAUCGUGGAGUCUGAGGACCAGGC